AUGCCUCUGCAGGACGAGACCCUCCGGGAGGUGUGGGCCUCAGACAGCGGACAUGAGGAGGACCUGCAGAGCCCUGAGCCCCAGAGGCGCCCCAAGCAGCGACCCACCCAAGGACAGAAGUUAAGGAAAAAGAAGAUCCCCGAGUCUCCAGAAUCCAAGCCUCAUAGAGCUGGAGCACGCAGGAGGCCACGUGGGGAGCCCCCCGCCGACCCCGCCCAGGCCCGCGCAGCUCACGCUGUCUAUGCCAAGUUCCUCCGGGACCCUGAGGCCAAGAAGCUCGACACCCGGGAAACCUUUCUGGUUGCCCAUGCCCCAGACCCGAAAGACGAGGAAGAGGAAGAGGAGGAGGAAGAGGAUGACCACCUGGCUGACAACGACCAGGAGGAGGACAAAGAGAAGGGAAGUCCUCUGCCUACCAAAAAGCCACUCAAGGAAAAGGAGAGGAAGGCCCAGGCCCAGGGCCCAGGAGGGGACCUGGGGAGCCCUGACCCCCCUCGGAAACCCCUGCGCACCAAGAAGAAAGAAGCCGGGGAGGGGACCAAGACAAAAAAGGCAAAGAAAGGUGAGGGGGCUGGGGAGACUGACAAGGCCCCUUCCGGGAGGCCAGCAGAAGUGAAGAAGAAAGUUCCAGCAGCCAUGUUUCUGGUGAAGGAAGGUGGCCCAGCUGAGAAGGCCAUUAAGAAGAAAGGCCUCCCCAAAGGCUCAGAGGAAGAGAAGGAGGAGGAGGAACAGAAGGAGGAGGAAGGAGCUGCUGUGACCAAGAACAGCAACCAGAAGGGCAAAGCGAAAGGAAAAGGCAAAAAGAAAGUGAGGGAAGAGAGGACCCCAUCUCCCCCUUUGGAGGUGGGUGAACCCCGGGAGUUUGUGCUGCAGCCGGCGCCCCAGGGCCGGGCAGUGCGCUGCCGGCUGACGCGGGACAAGAAGGGGAUGGAUCGUGGAAUGUAUCCUUCCUACUUCCUACAUCUGGACACGGAGAAGAAGGUGUUUCUCCUGGCUGGCAGGAAACGUAAACGGAGCAAGACAGCCAACUACCUCAUCUCCAGUGACCCCACCAACCUGUCAAGGGGAGGGGAGAAUUUCAUUGGGAAGCUGAGGGCCAACCUCCUAGGGAACCGCUUCACCGUCUUUGACAACGGGCAGAACCCACAGCGAGGCAGAAGAGGUACUGACGUGGAGAACCUGCGCCAGGAGCUGGCAGCUGUGAUCUAUGAAACCAACAUGCUAGGCUUCCGAGGACCCCGGCGCAUGACCAUCAUCAUACCUGGCAUGAGCUCAGACAACGAGAGGGUCCCUAUCCGGCCCCGAAAUUCCAGUGAUGGGCUGCUGGUGCGCUGGCAGAAUAAGACGCUGGAGAGCCUCAUCGAACUCCAUAACAAGCCACCCAUCUGGAACAAAGAAAGCGGCUCCUACACUCUCAACUUCCAGGGCCGGGUGACCCAGGCCUCGGUCAAGAACUUUCAGAUUGUGCAUGCUGAUAACUCCGACUACAUCGUGCUGCAAUUCGGCCGUGUGGCAGAGGACGCCUUCACCCUGGACUACCAAUACCCUCUGUGCGCCCUGCAGGCCUUCGCCAUCGCCCUCUCCAGCUUCGAUGGGAAGCUGGCCUGUGAAUGACCUGACAGCCCCUAAGCCUGUGAGGGUUAGGAAAUGGGAAACCAUUCGCUGGAGGGGUAGCAGGGUCUCUCCUCCACAGCCCCCCAGCGGAAGGCUCCUUGCCGUUGGGGGGAGAUAGCCCCUCAU